AAAGCUUAACUCAGUAGUCAGUUGAGGUACUGAAAAUAGAUAACAUGAGAGUGACUAAAGAAACGUUAAUCUGUUUCAAAAAAAUUCCCUCACGCAACUUGUGUACAGGCUAAUAAAUUGCAGAUGAUCUGAAGAAUUUGGAAAUUUAGUUGACGCUCUCAGAUGCUGUUGUAGAAUGGCAUUAGCUACUGAUUAUUCUCCACAAUUAAUAAAAUGCAAGAGAUGCCAUAUAGAUACCCCUAUCUCCCGAAAAUUGAUUGAAGAAACUCAAGUUUCAUAUUCUGGCGAAGAGGUUAUCUGUGUGAGGACACUGAAAUGUUCAUCGUGCAGUUUCACUGCUGGUCUCUUUAUAAAUGGAGAAUGGAUGACUUUAGAUGAUGUACUUUCAGAUAAGGCGAAAGAAGAUGGUUGUUUCCAGGCAAAGUCAUACAAAGAGAGAGCUGUCCACUUUAUAAUGAGUCAGAUUUUCUAUCAGGAGCUGGAAAGUCCAGAUGCAUUGGAGAUGGAGGCUGUAUUUGAUCUUCCUGACUUUACAGAUGAUAUAACCAUUCUCUGGCAGAAUGGUACAGCAGUUGGAUUUUACAGUACAAAACAGAAAGGUGUAACAGAUGAACGAACAGCUGAGCAGUAUCCAAUGGUCACUCUUGACUCUAUAUAUGUCUCCCCAUUUCAUCGACGAUGUGGAGCUGCUACAAAGUUGCUUGAGCAUCUUGCUGCAACUCAUUGUGAUCAAGAUAUUGCUGUUAGUACGCCUAUCUCAUCCACAAUGAGAAAAGUGCUGAAGAAAUUUCUUGCAGAGAGACCAACAUACCGGCGAAAAUUUUGGGAAGUAGAAGGGACAGGACAAGAAGGAGACAGAAAAUUGAUAUGGUAUUCUCUUCUGAGGAAAGAAAGACUGUUACAGAAGACUGAAAGAAGUAAUGCACAAGUUCCUAUUUAGUCCUUUGAAGAACAAAAACCUAUGAAUGAAAAUUUUAGUAAUGUUUGUUAUGCCACUUCAUCAGAACCAUGGAGGAGAGUGGAGAGAGAGAGAGAAUAAACCAAGUUUCUCCAAAA